AUGGACGGGAACAAUGAGAAACGCAAAGAAAAAUCUCGUGACGCAGCCCGAUGUCGUCGUUCGCGGGAAACGGAAAUCUUCCAGGACUUGGCUAGCUUGCUGCCGAUGCGCCAGGAAGAUGUCGACCACCUGGACAAAGCGUCAGUUAUGCGUCUAUCAAUAGCGUAUCUCAAAGUUCGCGAUAUGCUCGAAAUGUUGCCAAUGGUGAACAAAAAGGGGGAGAGCAUAGCUGAAGAUGGAAAAGCUAUGUGCGAGGAUACCGAUAUGGAGGAAGAUUCAAAAGCCGGCCCCUCCUUUCGUUGGAUGGGUUUCUUGCUGGUUCUUUCUGCUGAUGGGGAUAUUACCUAUAUUUCGGAAAAUGUCAGCGAUUAUCUCGGCCUCUCACAGAUCGACAUGAUGGGACAACCGAUCUGGGACUAUAGCCACCAGUGUGACCAUGAAGAGUUGCGAGAAGCACUUAAUGGGCGGCACCAUAGUCCCUCAGAGCUAUUGAAAGGGGUAGCCAAUAGCGAUUGCAAACCGAUGGAGAAUCGUGACUUUUUCCUUCGGCUCAAAUGUACCCUGACGAGUCGUGGCAGAAGCGUCAAUAUCAAGAGUGCAUCGUACAAAGUGAUUCAUGUAACUGGUCACAUUGCAUGCAAGGAAAACGGCCAACGGCAGCUAGUGGCUGUGGCUCGCCCGUUGCCGCAUCCCUCCAACAUCGAGGUACCAUUGGAUUCGAGCACCUUGAGUAAACAUUCAUUGGAUAUGAAGUUUAGCUAUGUUGAUGAUAAAAUGUACGCCUUGUUGGGCUACAAUCCAGCUGAUUUGAUGGGAAAGUCGUUGUACGAGUGUCAUCACGGCAUCGAUUCGGAUCACCUGAUGGGAACCUUCAAGAAUGGUAAGCACCUCAAACACAACUUUUUGUAAUGUAUUAAUGGCGAU